AUGGCGCCCGCUUCCACCAAUACUGGAAUCCCGAAAGACUCUUGGGUUCUGGUCACUGGUGUCAACGGCUAUGUGGCCUCUCACACGGCCGAUCAACUUCUACAGCAGGGCUACAGAGUCCGUGGAACUGUACGGGACCCAUCCAAGAGCCGAUGGAUUGAACACUUGUUCCAUGAGAAAUAUGGUGCCGACCCCGAUUUGAGCUAG